AUAGGGAACCGAACCAACUGGGUUUGGUCCUUAGCCACCGAAAUCCCCUCUUUCAAAUUCGCCUCCAUAACAUUUAGACCUUUUCACCUCAGCCUUAAGCCAGCCAUGGUUUUAGCUUCCCAUUCCGAUUUGCCUUUUAAUGAGAACGAUUCUCAAGAUAUGGUCAUUUACCAAGUUCUGAACCAACCCAUGUCUUCCCAUAACUCUACUACCCUUCCCUCCGACGACCAGCCCAAAACCAACGCCGCCCCUCGCCAUCACAAUUCCGCUGCUGGAGGCAUUGCCAAGAAGCACUACAGAGGAGUCCGCCGACGUCCCUGGGGAAAAUACGCAGCCGAGAUACGUGACUCCACGCGGCAAGGCGUGCGCGUCUGGCUUGGCACCUUCGCUACCGCUGAGGAGGCUGCUUUGGCUUAUGAUAGAGCCGCUUUCAAUAUGAGAGGCCCUAAAGCGCUUCUCAAUUUCCCGCCGGAGGUCGUUGCAGCGGCGGCGGCAGCGGAGACGACGACGACGACACCUCCGCCGAGUGGUAGUAGCUCGAGAUCAGAAUCAGAAUCAGUUAGAAGAGCUGAUGAAUAGAAAUUGGCUAAAAGUUUGUUAUUUUACUUCCUAAUUACCAUCGAUUGUUUGUUGUUGUUGCUGCUGCUGCUGCUUUUAAUGUGUAUAUUUGAAGUUUUGAUUGUUAA